AGGCGCGCUCGAGGACACCCGUUCUCGGCGGACAUACUAGCAGCACCCUUGCCAAAUAAUUACAAGGAUACCAACUUGGUGUUCGAUGGGACUUCUGAUCCGUCGAGACACGUGAGGACAUUUGAAAAUAUGGUUGUGUUGCAUGGAUAUACUGAUCCCGUUAGUUGCAGGGCCUUUUUAUCGACCCUUAGGGGAGGGGCGCUCGACUGGUUCCAACAGCUCCCCCCAGGCUCGAUAGUGGACUUCGAGGAUUUUGCGGAGAAGUUGACAAAUCAAUAUUCGAGCGCGGUGGCUCAGGAGAAAACAUAUUUGACAUUGAUGGCGAUGAGACAAGGCGAGAAGGAGUCACUGCGUAAAUAUGUCGCUCGAUACAAUCAGGCUUGUUUGGAGAUUCCAUCAACGGUCGACGAGGUCAAGAUGGGAGGAUUGAUUAGGAGUUUGCGGGCAGGACCGUGUCGGACUUCCCUGGCUAAGACUCCUGCUCAUACGUAUGAUGAGGUGUUGAGGAGGUGUAGGAAAUAUAUUAAUCUCGAGGAGACCGAGGCGGAGUUUGCCAAACUAGAAGAGUUAGGUCGAGGGGAGUCGAGGAAGGAGAAAGCAGUUUCGCCUAAAAGGAAAGCCUCACCCAAGAGAGAGGGGCGAGCUAAGCAGGAUCGGGGACUAUAUUUCUUGGGACAUAGGGUGAAAGUCCGAACGAACAUGCCAUUGGGAGAAACACUGGGUCGACCCUCCGUGUCGGGGCGGUUAGUCAAAUGGGCGGUCGAGCUGAGUGAAUACACAAUUAUCUACGAGCCAAGGAGGGCGAUUAAGGCUCAAGCGCUGGCUGACUUUAUACAAGAAGGGACGAAGGAGAGCGAGGAGUCUGAAGGGGUGUGGCAAGUGUUUGCAGAUGGAUCAGUGUCGAGGGCUGGAGGUGGCUUAGGCAUCGUACUUAUGUCGCCGAAGGGUGACAUCCUGGAGUUCGCAAUCAAGGUGGCCUACCAGAUAUCAAAUAAUGAAGCGGAAUACGAAGCGGUCAUUAAGGGACUCAAACUGGCCUUAAGUGGCGGAGCUCGAGCAGUGCAGGUGCAUUCAGACUCACAAUUGGUGGUGGAUCAAUUCCAGGAAGGGUUCGAGGUCCGGGAGGAAAGGAUGAUGAAGUAUGUGGAGGAGAUAAUGAAGCUGCAGGGAGAGUUUGAUUCUUUCGAAUUAAUCCAGAUACCUCGAGGAGAAAAUGGUCGAGCGGAUCUGUUAGCUAAAAUGGCACAAA